UUGUGAAUUAUUGGUUGUGUACACUGGCAGUGGGCCAAGAUGUGACUUUAAAAAGAUCCUGUGACUCUCCACUCCAUGAAACACGGUGUUAAAAACCACCGUUAAGAACAGAACCUACUGAAGCGUGUCGCCUGAACCAGAAGAAGCUUCGACAGAGGGUCCAACACAACAUCACUUAGAAUCUACAAUAAACCAUAAAAAAAUGCUGACAACUCUAGCAAUAAUUGCCGCCAUAUUGGCCCUGCUGGCUUACAUGUUUGUACGUUACAUGUCAGCCACACACAACACGUUUAAAAAGAUGGGAAUAGACAACCCCGCACCCAACCCCAUCAUAGGGAACUUUGGGAAUGUAUUCAAAUAUGGUAUUUUUGAAGUACAGAAAGUUUUCUACAAUCAAUACAUUGAUAAAAAGGUGUACGGAUGGUACGACUCUAGAAGGCCAACUAUGAUCGUCAAAGAUCUUGAUAUGGUCAAAGAUAUAUUUGUCAAAAAUUUCAAUUGUUUCGUUGAUCGCCAUUCUCUAUUUGAGGUUGAUCCACCUUUUAGCGAUAAUCUGCUCAACCUAAAGGGCGAGCACUGGAAACAUGUCAGAAACAUCGUGACCCCAACUUUCAGUUCAAGCAGACUCAAGAAAAUGGCGCAUCAUAUUGAAAGAAAUACGAAGAUAAUGUUAGAAAAUCUCCAGGCUCUACAAGAAUCUGGCACAGAAGUUGAGGCUAGAGAUUUUUUAUCUGCUUUCACUCUUGACGUCAUUGCCAGCACUGGCUUUGGGUUAGAGAUUAACACACUCAAAAACCCAAACAAUCCUUUUGCAACUGAGGCCAAAAAAGUAAUUAAUCCAAACCCUCUACUGUUUAGUUUAAUAUUACUGAUUCCCUCUCUAACCAAAUUAUUUUCACGGCUUGGCCUCUCAAUACUACCACAAAAAUCCCUCCAAUAUUUCGUCAAAGUUGUGGAGGCGGCAAUAGAGGAAAGAAAGAGAGACGGAUUAGAAGGGAAAGUCAACGAUUUUCUAGAUCUGGUAAUGAACGCCGAGAAAGAAACCGGAGAACCUCACAAAGAAUUGACAAGAUCAGAACUUUAUGGCCAAGCUCUAAUUUUUAUCUUUGCCGGGUACGACACUGUUUCCACGGUAUUGUCCUUCACCUUGUUCUUCAUCGCCAUGCACCCAGACUGCUGCAAACGUGUGCAGGAAGAGAUAGACGAAAAAUGUGGUCAAACCUCACCAAAUUACGAUAACGUCCAGUCGCUGGCAUACCUAGACAUGUGCAUCAACGAAUCGAUUCGACUGGCGCCACCAGCGUUUUUAAUCAACCGCGUCUGUGUGAAGGAUACGGAGGUCCAAGGUGUGAAGUUCCCUAAGGACAUGGUCGUUGCCGUCCCUGUCUACGCUAUCCACACCGACCCGGAAAUCUGGCCGGAACCGGACAAAUUUGACCCAAAGAGAUUUACGCCAGAAAACAAAGAAUCUCGCCAUCCAUAUGCGCAUCUUCCUUUCGGCCAAGGGCCAAGAAAUUGUAUUGGCAUGAGGCUGGCUCUCCUGGAGAUAAAAAUAGCCUUAGCUACAAUCUUUCAGAAGUUUACCCCAACACGCUGUAGUAAAUCUGUGUACCCGAUCCAGCUGAGUAAAAUGGGAGUUAGAGCAAAUGAUGGCUUAUGGAUCAAGUUCGCUGCCAGAAAAUGAAAUAAAAACUAACGUCUUUUUUUGACUGAUGAAAAAGCAUCAGUUUUGACGGAUGUAAAAACGUCGGUUUUACCGAUGUAAAUACAUCAGUUUUGACUGAUGUAAAACAUCACUUUUGACUGAGGUAAAAACAUCAGUUUAGACUGAUGUUUUACAGAUGAUUUCUUAAAAAUCGGAUUUCUUUUUUUACGAUUACUUAAAUUAAUAUUUUGUGAUAUGUUGCAGUAGUAGUUUUCAUAAAAUUGUUUAAAUUACUCGAGUAGGUUUUAUUGUGACUAUAGUUUAAUUGUAGUAUGAUUUCUGCUCUCAUCAAAUACGUUAGGCAACAACACGAUACAAAGUUUAUACUGUAAAACUGAAAUAAAUAUUUAUAGCUUUAAAAUGUAAUUCUUACAAAUAUCCCUAGGUUUUAGAGUGUUCAAAUAUAUGUACAUUAGAUGUAUUUUACUUUCUUCUCAGCACGUUAGCAAAAGUUGGUGUCACCAAAUGGGUUCGCAUGCUUGUAUGGUGAUUGUCACUAGACAAAACAUCAUUGUUAUACUGUAGUGUCUCCACGUGUAUAAGUCACCAAAUGGAAUGUAGAAUGUCAUGUUGGUAUGGGAUGUGUCUCCAUGUAGAUGUCAUGUUGGUAUGGGAUGUGUCACCAUGUAGAAUGUCAUGUUGUUAUGGGAUGUGUCACCAUUUAAUUACGACAACCCUUAAGUACUGUAAACAAAUCAACGUGUUGGCUGUACAUGGCAACUUACUUCAUAACUGUUAGCUCGUCUUACUUUAGCCCUGUCAUCACAUCAUUAUGUAUCUGUUCACCAGCUGUUGGAUAUAUGAAUUGAUGUUCAUACACAGUAAUAUGCGGCGUGAUCUAACACUGUAACAUCUUUAUAAAGUUAAAUGCACGAGUUGAGGUCCCAGGCUGGGCGGCUGGCAACUUUAGUGCAACAAAUCUGUUUGCUAUCUGCCUAAAGAGCGUUGUCAAACCAGCUAUGCUCGCAGGAGAGCUAUUCUAUUUUGCCUAUUCAGUAUUGAAAGAGUUGAUAGGUUUUAGCUUUUUGGUGCCCUGUCAAAACGGCC